UGUGCGGGUGGCCAAUCAGAAGCAGCCAUAGUUUUGCGUACUUAUCCGCUCUCAGAUUUUCCGUUUUCUCCUGUACAGUGCACAGAAUUACAAGGGAACUUCCAGGCUUCCAAAUGACCUGAAACCACCAAAAACCCCAAAAUCUCUAUCAGAUCUUUCUUCUCCGGGGAAUAGAUAUUUGGAAAUGGCGGCCAUAGCGUCCGCUGUGUCGCUCUCAUUCGCACCAAAGCCCACUUCUUCAGUGGCCGCUUUUUCUUCCUCUAGCUCAUUGUUCUUCAGCAGCAACCCGGGCGGGCUCAAACGGAGUUUGGGUCUGAGAACUUGUAAUGUUAGGAGCAAUGGUAGAAAGCGUCUUUAUUGCAACUGCUUAUUCGGGCUUGGGGUGCCGGAGCUGGUGGUCAUUGCCGGUGUCACCGCCCUUAUCUUCGGCCCUAAGCAGUUGCCCGAAAUCGGCCGCGGUCUUGGCAAGACCCUCAAGAGCUUCCAACAGGCAGCAAAAGAGUUUGAAACAGAGCUGAAAAAAGAACCUGAUGAACUCCCUGUGAAAGAAGGUGGUGAAGAAGAGAAACCAGAUGCUGUGGUGUCAAGUACAAAGGAGAGUUGAUAAUCUUCAAUGCUACUGGCCUGCUUCUGUUAGCUAGAUCACUUCUUCUGUGUGCUAUUCCAUUCAGACAUUGUCUUGUUAAGUUGGGGUUAUAGUGUUUGGUUUGGAAGAUCAAAUCAUGUUUUUUU